AUGGCACAAGAAACACUUCACCAGAUGGAACGAGACCACAUCCGGCUCUCUCAACAGUACCUUGUGGCAUCCCACGAAAUCUUCCACGACGUCUACCUGCAAGAGCCUGGGAGAGUUGAUCGCGAGUUGCGCAGCGACCUAGCCUAUCCAGAAAUCGCCCGCGGAUACUUCCAGCAAAAGUUCUGUCCCAGUCUCGUUGAGAGUCCCUGCUGUAUCGUAGCAAGUAUGGCACAAACUCACAUGGACGACCUCCAUAUCCCCGAACACAUAGGGCAGUACCAAUUCGAAGCUGCUCUUUGCCUCAUCGAGGAGGAGCAAGGGACUUUCCGCCUGCAUCAAGAUGGAAAGCCUCGCUUCACGCCGAGACAAGAUCCCGAGAUGCAGCAAUGGCUGGACCAAUACGGGUUCCUGUGCCAGUACAUGAUCGAUCUGAGGAAUGGCGUAGCAACAUCAGGCGCCGGCAUCGACUUCGAAGUCGUCACGGCUCUGACGGCGUACGUCGAAGACGCAGGAAACGUCGGCGAAGUGUUGGAAUACCUGUCAGAAAGAUGGCUUCCGGCUCGAGCGAGGGUCGCGGAUAUAGAGAUCACGCAUUCCGGGAGAAGUGAACUCUCCUCGUUGACCGAUGACGAAAAGCUCACGUUGUUCGUUACAAUCGCCAACUGGGGCACGAUCAGCAAUGCACCUCUGCUCGGUCCAAGAAUUUUGCGCAUCAUCUCGAAAGUUCAGGCGGACGCCUCCUCCCAGCCAGCAGAGGCCACGAUCUUCAGGAGGGACAACGCAAACCAGGUCAUGGUCGUUCUGCUCCAACUCCUCGACCGCCGCGAGUCAUCGAUCCGCAACAACAUCAACUUUCUUCUUUCCCGCAACAUCGUGCCUGGCAACGAUACCAUCGACGCACGGCAGCUGCGCAAGAGGUUCCGGGAGAUCAGCCAGUACAUCCACUUCUUGACGACCGCUGUCAUCGACGCGAACUUCGUCUACGAGGUUGCGAUCACGAGCUUGGAAGAGUUCAACAGUUGGUUGAGAGAGCCACACGUCUUGCUGCUCCGCCAGCACGAUCAAGCUGUUCAGCGCGAUGCUGAGCAGUCCACAUAG